GUCUAGGUACGGACACGGUAAGCUCCUCGCCGUUAUAUUAACCAAACUGUUAUAUGAAACUCCUUUUUGGAUUAUUAAAAUAUUUUGAUUAUAUCAGAGUACAUCUGUACAUCCACGACAGCGAAUAAACCAGUAUAUGUUGCUACAGAGACUAAGGAACGCUAAACAAACAUGGCUGCUAAAGCUAACUGGCUAACAAGCUAACACAAAAGCUACAAUUUGAUGUCGUUGAGCUAAAAGGAGGCGGACCUGUUCCAUGUGGCGCGUGAUUGGGUUUUAUGCAGGAUCGUCACAGCACAAGUGUUUGGCACAGAUGGACCAGUGAUGAACAGGAUAAGGAUCCAUGUGUUGCCAUCGAGCAGAGGACGUGUGGCCCAGACCGCCCGUACCCAGGAGCCCCAGGCCUGCUCCUUCACCCAGCGACCCUGCUCCCAGCCGCGCCUGGAGGGCCUGGAGUUCUGCAUCAAACAUGUCCUGGAGGACAAGAACGCCCCUUACAGACAGUGUAGCUAUGUCUCCAACAAGAAUGGCAAGCGCUGCCCGAACGCAGCCCCUAAGGUGGAAAAGAAAGAAGGGGUGACCUUCUGUGCGGAGCACGCCAGAAGGAAUGCCAUGGCUCUCCAGGCCCAGCUGAGAAAGGCUUCAUCCGGACCCUCCCCUGAAGCCCUCCUAUCUCAGCUCAGUGGCUACAACCGCCCCGAGACGCAUGGCCUGGACAGUGGCCGCAGUGAAGCCACCCGCAUCCUCGAUGUGGACAGCUGGAGUGAGGAGGAGCAGGGACCACUGGUGCUGGACCAGACAUGGAGAGGAGAUCCAGACAGUGAAGCUGACAGUGUCGACAGUGACCAUGAGGAUCCUCUCAAACAUGCAGGGGUGUACACGGCAGAGGAGGUUGCUCUGAUCACACGGGAGAAGCUCAUCAGACUCCAGUCGCUCUACAUCGACCAGUUCAAACGCCUGCAGCACCUCCUCAAGGAGAAGAAGCGCCGAUACCUGCACAGCCGCAAGGUGGAGCAUGAGACCCUAGGGAGUAGUUUGCUGACUGGCCCGGAGGGUCUCUCCAUGAAGGAGAGGGAGAACCUGAGAAAGCUGAAGGCUCUGCGGCGGUAUCGCCGCCGGUACGGCGUGGAGGCUCUGCUUCACCGUCAGCUCCGAGAGAGGAGACAGGCUGUCACUGAAGGAGCUCCUCUUCAGGUGCAUACGAUGCGGUCUAGCCAGAGGUGUAUCUCCUAUGUGGAAGGGACCCGCUGUUCUAACCAGUGUCUCCCAAUGACACGACAUUGCGUCUCUCACAUCUACCAGGACAGUAACCAGGUACUGUUCAAGAUGUGUCCGGGGCUGAAGGAUGUUCCCUGUGACCGGCCCGUUCACAUGGGCCAGUCAGAGGAGCCUCGCUGCCCCCUGCACCUCUCCCUGCCUCCUCCCAUGUACCAGCCUGAACAGGAGACGGCCCUGACCCCAGAGCAGCUGGAUGCAGUACUGCCCAAAGACAUGUACCUGAGUGCUGCAGAGCUACAGCCCACGGAGAGCCUGCCGCUAGAGUUCAGUGACGACCUGGAUGUAGUGGGGUGUCCUCCGUCCCCUCUGAUGUUUGACACGGCCCUGGCUCUGGAGGACCAGACUAUCAGGGCCAUCGCUGAGGGUCCUAUGGACAUCCUGACCGGGGUCGAGCUGGAUGCUUCGGGACACGAUGACUCUGCUGACAUGGAGCUCUCUGAGAGAGUUCUGCAGUCUAUAGAGGACCAAAUUGUAUCAGAGGUAAUAGGAGGAGGGGACACCACGGAAAAUUCAUCAACAGAACUGGACCAUGUUGCUGCAGACACCUCCAGAUGAGAGCUUUGCCUCCAGACUUGUGUUGAAUUCCAGAGACUAAUGUUGAGUUGACCAAUUCAAAGCCAGGAUGGAUCUUCAAGGUGGUAGAUCAUAACGAAGCCUUUGCACACCAUUGCCAAAUGACUACUGUUAAGUCAUUGUUUAAUCAGUUGUCAUAUUACUAACUUUUGCUGAUACUCUCUGAGUCGGUUCAAUGUCUGUCUGGUCUUGUGCACCGUUGCCUUUCUCAACUUUACCUGUGUAAUUUAAUAAAUCCUGGUUUCUCCUUAAACAUAUGUAUAUCUUGUAUACAAAGUCAGUGUUGGUGUAGUGAAGAGAUGAAACACCACUUGUAACUGGUUUGUUACUGUUCAAUAAACACUCCACAAAUGCA